GCAAGUGCUUCCCAUUCCUUUCCACUUGUCCUACAGGAACUGCUUCCCAUUCCCUUCCCGCUGUCCUACAUGAAGUCCUUUCCACCUGUCCUACAGGAACUGCUUCCCAUUCCUUUUCCUCUGUCCUACAGGAACUGCUUCCCAUUCCCUUCCCACUGUCCUACAGGAAGUGCUUCCCAUUCCCUUCCCGCUGUCCUACAGGAACUGCUUCCCAUUCCUUUCCCGCUGUCCUACAGGAAGUGCUUCCCGUUCCUUUCCCGCUGUCCUACAGGAAGUGCUUCCCGUUCCUUUCCCGCUGUCCUACAGGAAGUGCUUCCCGUUCCUUUCCCCCUGUCCUACAGGAAGUGCUUCCCGUCCUUCCCGCUGUCCUACAGGAAGUGCUUCCCGUUCCUUUCCACUUGUCCUACAGGAACUGCUUCCCAUUCCCUUCCCGCUGUCCUACAUGAAGUCCUUUCCACCUGUCCUACAGGAACUGCUUCCCAUUCCUUUUCCUCUGUCCUACAGGAACUGCUUCCCAUCCCCUUCCCGCUGUCCUACAGGAACUGCUUCCCAUUCCUUUCCGCUGUCCUACAGGAAGUGCUUCCCGUUCCUUCCACCUGUCCUACAGGAAGUGCUUCCCGUUCCUUUCCACCUGUCCUACAGGAAGUGCUUCCCGUUCCUUUCCACCUGUCCUACAGGAAGUGCUUCCCGUUCCUUUCCACCUGUCCUACAGGAAGUGCUUCCCGUUCCUUUCCCCCUGUCCUACAGGAAGUGCUUCCCGUUCCUUUCCCCCUGUCCUACAGGAAGUGCUUCCCGUUCCUUUCCCGCUGUCCUACAGGAAGUGCUUCCCGUUCCUUUCCCCCUGUCCUACAGGAAGUGCUUCCCGUUCCUUUCCCGCUGUCCUACAGGAAGUGCUUCCCAUUCCUUUACCUCCUUUCCUCAGGAUGGGGUAUUUGGGGCAGUUCCCGUGGGUGCUGGGGUAUUUGGUGCCCAGGGUGAAUAGCAGACGGUGAUGGGUCCAGGUGACAUGGGCGUGUCUCAUCAUUUCAUUGGUGACUGUUUAUCCAAUGAGGAAGUGACGUUUGUGUUUGUCCUA